GUAAAUGCGAUCGCAAGUCCGUUUAACAGCGAAUAUUUGUUGUGAAAUCCUGAAGAUUAUUAUCCAGUGAAUUCGUUUGGCCACUGUAAGGAGAGUGUUGGAGCUGAGCCGGAGCCUAUUACCUUGGGUUUUGGAAGGUAGACCUGGAGUCGCCCAGACAGACGAGGGAUAUCGACACGCCCAGACCACGCCUAACAAUCUCGGUGUUUUAUACCUUGCCAGUUGUAUUUAGUCAUAGACGCUGUGGUAUUGCUACCACAUGAAAGCAAAUUUGACAUUGUUUCAUAAGAAGAAGUUACGAAGAAUUGAAAGGUGAUAAAAGAAAAGACUUCAACUUUAACAAAAGUUUUCAUGUAUUUCAUCACGCAAAAUGGUGAAAACAUUUCAAGCAUACCUGCCCAACAAAUGCCACCGUACCUAUAGCUGUGUACACUGUCGAGCUCAUCUAGCUAACCACGAUGAGCUGAUAUCCAAGUCAUUCCAAGGUAGCCAGGGAAGAGCUUAUCUUUUCAACUCUGUGGUAAAUGUAGAAUGUGGUCCAGCAGAGGAGAGGGUGUUACUCACAGGACUUCAUGCUGUGGCUGACAUAUUUUGUGAAUGUUGUAAAACCACCUUGGGCUGGAAAUAUGAACAUGCAUUUGAGUCUAGUCAAAAAUACAAGGAGGGAAAGUUUAUCAUAGAGCUGGCACACAUGAUCAAGGACAAUGGUUGGGACUGAUAGAGAUAUAGGGAGGGGUGGCCCUCCCUUCUCUCAGGUGGUGAUGGGGCAAAUUAAGACCUUGAUUAUUACCCCUCAUCAUAGACUGGCCUCAUUAUUCUACAAUUUGCGCUAAUAGGACCAACAAAUAUGAUCACACAGAACUUGCAUCCCCUGUGAAGGUCACGUUAUUUGAAAACCUUUCAAACAGCCACUUGGCUAUAGAAAGAUUUUGACAGUUUGUCAGGUGUAUUUUAAAGGCAGACCUUUGUGAGGAAAGACAUUUGCAAUGAGGUGUUUGAUGGCCGUUACAUUAAGGUCAAGACAGAGACCUUUGAGAGGGAUCCAUGCUUCAUUGACCAUACCAUGUUGACCUUUGUAGCAGUAACUGCCUUCUGUUUUUCCAGUUUAUGUGACAUCUUUGCUGUUGCUGUAACUGCACUGUAUGUUUUCAAGGCAAGAAAUGUUCCAGCAAAAGAGAACAAGGACUUAAGUGACCUUGACCGAUGACAUAGUGAAACCCCAACUUCUACCUUUUAUGUGGACCAUGUCACAUUAAUGUGACCUUGUCACUGGGUGUGACAGCAUCAUUUGUAUUGUAUACCAUGUCAUCAGUUAAUAGUAAACUAUAUAAUGUGUCAGCUAGUUUGUCGGUAUAGGUAUCAGUAUCCACACAUUUGUGUGUAAAAGUACCUUUCUUUUUUCAAGUCAUCAAGAUGGAAUGUGUGUGUGUCAUAUCAAAGCCACAUCAAAUGCAAUAUUUUGCAUUAUACCAAUCCAGACUGAAAUUCUGAAGUGUAGAUCUUUCUUGAUCCCUAAAAAUUUGCUAUUAAGAAAAAAACAUGGAGUAAGAUGUUAUAUGUUAUCUAUGGAUGAUACUUUUACUUGUCAAAAUUUUGUAAAUUUUCUUUAAGGACCAGUAUAAUACUACAAUAGUUUUUGUAAGUUACAUUGUCUGUCUCAAUUUGCUGUCUGGUUAUUUGAAAUAAUUGAUUAAGAAGGUUCAAAACCAGUGAUCUUUAUAAUACAGAUCCUAUCAAAAAUUGUGUGUAAAACUCUAAAAAUUCAAAAAUUUUUCUAAGUGUGAAAGUACCACACUGGAUUGGCUACAUUUUGCUUACAUGUUGUUAUGGUAACGGCUGUAAUAUACAUUGUAUGAGAGAUGUCAUAGUAAUCAUACAUUAUUACAUGGUGUACAUUUCUUUACAUGAAAAUGGUUUAGAUUUUAGAACAAUAUUUUCCUAAUUGUUGAUAUGUUGUUAUGAAUCGGAUCAAUCACAUGACAGCCAGUAUGAGAAGUAACAAUCAGAUGGAGACUGAAAUGUGACAAUGAUGUAGCGAGUGAAAAAAUUUUUAAAAUCGUACAAUAUCACGGAGAGAAACUUGCGGAGACCAUCAAUGAUUUAAUUUUCAAUUCCAAAUUGUUUUUAUUUGUAUGUAUGAUACGGGCAUAUUUACAAUAUCUAUAACGCUUUUUGAAUACAUGUUUUACUUCUGUUUCAGUCUCCAUUCAUUGUCAUAUUAAUCACACUUCUUGUUUUUUAAGCCUUGGAGAUGUGCUUUUCAGAAAUAUACUUAGGUAAAAACUCCUCUAACUUCAGUCAUGCUAUGAUGCCAAUAUCGGUUUAUUUAAGUUAUGGGAAAAUCAUUAAUGUUUUGGUGAAACCAAAACCUGGAUUUCCAUAGAAGUGUUUGGCCUAAGUGUGUAUGAUGUAGUUAUUUUGUUCCUUGGAGCAGUAAGAAUCUGUGAUAAAAAGAAUGUAUAAAUAAUACAUAUAUUAUGUGAGUGAGAAUUUGGGGAAAAUACAUCAGUUGGUAGGUACCGAUCUCGUACUCAUGAAAUUCUCAGGUAUAAUACAUUUGAUUGCUAGAUUUGAGGCAAAAUGUUACUAUUUUUAAGAGAGUUUGUUGCAACUAAGGGGCAUAAUUGAGUAUGGUCGAGUUUUGGGGAAAGGGGGCAACAACUCUGAAUUGCCAUUAAUAUUUAGUGCUGCGUUAGAAUAUUGAAAUAUGUAAAACCAUAGUGCUGUAUAAAGAAAAUCUGAAAUUGCAAAUUUCAAAUAAUUUCCAUUUUAUCAAAUUGAAAAUUAUAGUCAAUCCUUGUGAUAUUUCUGAAAUACUGUAACUGUCAACCUUAAGAGAAAGAAUAGAAAAUCAAAAAUUAAAAAUCAGGGGAGUUAAAGAUUUCCUGCUUUGGAUUAUUAUCUUAAAGCACUUUCACUGACAUAUACAUUGAGCAAGUCAGAACAUCUGUGAUGAAAACUUCUAUGUCACUUUGGAGAAGUGAUACAAAAAGCCAUAUCAUGUUUUUAUAUCUGUAAAGUGUGUUUUAUGUGUUAGACUUUGUAUAAAUCAUGUGAAAUUGAAAAGAAAAACAUAAGCCAUGUUUUUAUCACAAAGAUCUUUGUAAAAUAUUGGUAGUUUUUAUGCAUUUGAACUUCUUUUAACAAAGUCUCUUCAUAUCUUUUCAUCUUUUCAUUAACAUUUUCAUUGAAAAACG